GUUAGCCUGUGCCUCCAAGCUGCCAUGCCCGGCGCCGGCCGGGGCCAAGUGGCUUUUUGAUUGCGUAUGCCUGUCAACCUCCACUGCUUUGCUCCGUGUCACGUCAACACCACCUGGGCACUGGGGCCUGGGCAGACAGCUUGACAGGGCCGCCUCUUUUGGCUUUAGCCUGCCCGUGGCUUCGUCCGCACUGGCCGGCCGCAGUCCUCAGCUAAGCUUGCUGUUAACCGUAGCCUUGCCAUCAUUCAGCGCAACACCGAAUCAGGGGGAAAUCUUUCCCACCAGGACGCAAGGUCGACAAAUAUCUACGCGACAUCAUCGCCAGGCCCACCAUGGGCACCACGAUGUCAGUCAUAAAGACCUUGAUCGUGCCUGCCAUCAUCUCGCUCAUUCUCUUCCUCGUUUCGACCUACGUUGCCAUCCCGCUCUGGCGCAGAUGGCGCAGUCGCUAUAGCCAAUAUCUGCCUCUCGAUACCAUAUCGACCUCGACCGUGUCAUUACGACACCGCGUGCAAAAUGCGAUUGCCAGGAUGAUGGUCCCGUCAACCUGGCGGCGGAAUGCUCAUGAACGACUCGUCAUCGCGACCGACGCUUCCGAAGACGGUUAUUCGUCAGAAGAUGGAGAGGAGCUUGGGGAGGUUGGUGAAGAUACCCGGAGAGCUUUGUCAGAAGAUGCUCGGCGAGACAGACAUGGUAGCACGAGACGCUUGGGUAGAGAGUGAGUCGAGCAAUUCUCCCCGCCUCCCUGUUUUUAGUCGCCUGGCCUUGUAACUAACACAUGUGUCUCUGCGCCAGCCUGGAAGAGGGCUUUAGAGACG